GUGUUUUUUUUUUCUUGUUGAGAACAUUUAUAAAUUUUGCAGCACCUCCUUCUUUCCUAUUAUCCUUUGUAUCCCGGUCCUUUUUGCUCCCACUGAGCAGGAGUACACUACUGGCUUUGCUGUGACCAGCAUCCCUGAGACAGCCUGUGGCGGAUGGGGUUGCUUUGACUUGGGGACUCAGAUUUCUGCCUUGAGCAAUCACUGAGCAAGGUAGAAAGUCUACUCCUGAAUUGUCCACCAACUGGAAAGGUGUGGUAGUAUCUGUCCGUUCUGUGUCUGUGCUAUAAGCAGAGCUAUAAUGAUCCAAAAGAUGUGUCCUAGGCCUGUCCUCACUGCAUCACCCACAGAUAGCUAGGCACAGACACCGGUGCAAGAAGGGUAGAGCCAACAACCAUCCUUUAGCAAAAGGAGGCAGGCAGCUCCUUGUGCUGGAUUAUACCCAUGUGCUGCUGUGGCCCUGGGGCUGUUGGUCUGUGGCAAGGGUGGGCAGGUUGUGCACAAUGCCUGGUGUGAUGAAAACCUUUUUCCCAACCGGCGUGUGGUAUCACAGCUGCAGCCCAGGUGGCCAGCUGGGCUGUGGGUCUGGGCUGUUUCCACUUCACUGAUCAGAGCAGAUUUGCAGCACAUUGGUGGGAAGCUUGGGCUCUUUGUGUUGAUUUUGCUGUAUAAUUGCAGUGAAAGUGGGAAGGUUUCAGCCAGCCUUAGCAGCCAGUGCCAACAGAGCACCUAAAGACAGAUGAAAGUAAUCCUGACAAGAUAGAAUUAGGAAGCUUUUUACCACCAAGCUAUACAGCAUGAUGCUGGGGCGUCUCCAGGCUCACAGGCCAGGCAGAAGGGAGCCAGGUUACAGAGGGGACAGGCAUGUCCUGCCCCGCCAUCUUCCUCCCCUCUCCUCCCCGAGGAGCACAGCCGCCAGCCUGCAUUGUCCCCAUUCCCAGCGCCAGCCACGCUUCCCUUCCCACACUGACUCAUCUCUGUGAUCAGAGAGCAGUCAUCUUGUAGAAGACAAUCCCACAGAAAAAGCUUUCUUCUUCCUCGUUAGUGCCUGUGCUCUCUUGCUGUCUACAAAGCUGCAGGACAGCCUGUCAGUGGCUGAGAGGAGCAGGUCCAGGCAGGGAGAUGCACCAAAGGGCCCUUCAUCAUGGCAGUGCAGGCCGUGUGAGCCUGCGGAAGGCUGAGUAACGCACCAGGGAGGAUGACGUGCAUGUCAGCUUUGGGGUGCAGAUGCGCUGAAAAGCGUUUUUUCCAAAGAAGCCCUUCAUCUGCUGCAGAACAGCCCCACACUCCACCUGCCCCAAGGUGUGGGUCUGGUUCGUGUCAGUGAAGCAGUUAACGCAAUGGUGGGGACAGGGAGGCAGCAGCUUGUGCCUCCUCCCUCAGUGCUGGCAAGGCCUGCGGAGGGCUGAGAGGGCACCGACAUAGUUUCCAUUCUCCUCUCUGCUGUGGGAACGAGUCUCCUGGGUAACAAGCGUGCCUUGUUCUGCUUCAGGCUGGGCGGCUGCCCGGCUGCCUCCUCCCCCCAUGUUUUGCUAGCCUGCGGUCUGUCCCUGUGCCCUGCAUCAUCCCUUGGGCUCAUUGCUGUUGCUUGGAGAGGCUCAGGUGGCAGUGUGAGGGCUCAGAGUGGGCUGGGUAGCGUGAUGAGGUGCCUUGCUUGGGGCAGCAGCCCCAGGCCUCAAGGAGGGUCCAGCUGAGGUGCUGCGGCCUCACGGGCUGUUGUGGGGGUAGCACCCGUAGGGCUGGAGCUGGCCCCCAGCCUUUGCACCAUCUUGGUAGGGAUAGGCACUGGGCUUUCAGUCAGAGAUCUAGCUUAAAUGUUACCUAAACAGCUGUUUUAAAGGGUUCUGGUCUGGGACCCAAGAUCAACAGACGGCUGCUUCCAGUAAUAGUUCUAAACAGGCCUUUCCGGCAUAGCUUUCUUGUGUGCCUCUCCAGACUGAGAAGCUUUUGCAAAGUGUUGUGCUGCCUUGCUUAUUUAUUUGGUUGUUCCUUUGAGUGUGUCAUGGUGUAGAGCAAAAAUACUCAGCCAUGUGAUGAUUCUUUCUUUCUCUGCCCUGUGUAUCCAUGUGAUGUUUUUACCUCUUCACUGAUUUAAGCCCAGUGCCCCCGGAAGCCUCAAUUUCAGAGCUGGGUUUUGGCUUGCAGCAGUGGAGCUUCUUGCUCCAUGAGUCCUUGGUUCUGAGCUCUGCUGAGCACAGCACGGUAUUUCUGGGAGCAGUGAUGGCAGCAGCCCUCUGGGCAGGGGUAAAUGGAUGCAGUGGGGUGUUGUCCCUGCAGGAUGGCUGUCUCAGGGAACCACUCCAGUGCUGCAAACACCAACAUUGGGACAGCCGUAAACAUAGCUGUGGACCAGGUGGUUGUGCCCAGACUGAGACAAAUAUAAAACAAAACACACAACAAACAAAGAAAAAAGGAAAAAAGCACAAAUUACUGUACUGAGGAAGGAGAGAGCUCAGGAUGAAAAGAAAAAAAAUCCCCCUAUGUGUUCCUAGGAUAACAGAAAAGCCUGGCUUUUUGCAGGUGGCAAUCCUUUGUUUCAGGAGGGAGGAUCUGCUGUGGAUUGUUUCAUACAUGUGCACGGGUUUGGCCCAGGUUAUGGCCAGCACCGUAAUCACAAGCUUUGCUUGGGUCUUUGUUUGAGAUUCUCCUUGACAGGUGAACUGCAGAAUCCCUGUCACUGUGUGCAGUUCGACACUGACUGACAUGCUUGUGGCUGCGUCUCACGCUCAGGCUGGCUGUGUUUUGGAGGCACUGUAUAGAUGCUGUUGAUGAAUCUCUUUAGGAUAAAUCACUACAGAAAUGUAAAAGAAGCUUCAAGAAGCUUCUUGUUGUUUUCCUGAUUAUUCUGUUUCCUCCCAGCCUCCUCCUGCUCUGCAUUACUUUGCAGAUGAGUGUUUUUUCUCCAAGGGCUCUGUCUGCCAUUAUCAACGGUAGGAACACAGCACUCCAGUGCCCUUUGCUUUCCUUUACAACACCAGACGAAAUCAAACAGUUGCAACAUCUGAAACCCAAGCUCAUCACAGAAUGAGGUGCUGCAGCUCUAUCCUAUGGUGUAGUUAUUCAUCUUUAUGCUUCUCUUCAUGCUACCUUCCUGAUUUCCCGAUUCCUGUAAAAAUCAAUCCUCCAUCUUCCAGUCUGAUUUGUUCUCUCCCUUCCUCUCCUUUUUUGCUCCCUCCCAUCUCCUGCCUUGUCUGAGGUCCCGCAGGGACCGAUUGCAAGCCGGAGCGGCUCUGCUGUGGGCAUGCUUGCUCCUUCACACGCAGCAACGUCACAGCAGCAGCAGCAGAAGCAUUGGAGAUGUGAUUGCGCAGACCCUCUGCAUUGCCAGGGAUGCAGCUGUGAAUAAAAAAAAUUGCUUCUGUGUUUCCCACAGCAUCCUGGUGAGAGAGCACAGAGCCUGCUGGAAUCAGUGUGUUCAGCAUUGCCGGAGCAGAGCAUGUGCAGGGAGUGGAGACAGGCAGCAGAGGAUCUGCAGAAAGGUAUCUGAAUUCCCUCAUGAGAAGUGUCCUACCAGUCUCUCAUGUGCAGCCGCACUGGUCCAUGGGUAGCAACAGUUUAACUGAUGUCCUGAAGAGCAUUCCUCACCAUGGAUAGUCCACCAAAGCUGACUGGCGAGACACUGAUUGUCCAUCACAUUCCUCUUGUGCAUUGCCAGGUCCCGGAUAGACAGUGCUGCUCCGUGAACAAAAGGACCAACCCCUUCUGUCAGCCAGAUCUUGGCAUUACACGCACCUCUACUCUUCCAGAAAGAGACCUUUCACAGACCGACUCCUUGGUGUACAGCAGCUUUCUCCAGGCCUCUGAAUCCUCAGCAGAAGCCUCAGACAACAAAGAAGGCAAAGUAAGGGAGUUGGUCGUCCCUAGUGCCAGUAAGCGACACAACCCUUUCUUACUGACCGAGGGUGAAGAUCUCAGCAUCUUUGGGGAUGACUUGGGUCAAAAGUCUUUCCACCUUCACAACUCCCUUGUGGGUGGCAAACCUCCCUUUCACCUGCAUGAGCUGGCGUUGCCCCCUUUCCACCUCCAUGACUCCAACCACAUUGUGAAAUCCUGGAACAUGGCAAGCCGAUCCGGUGUAGUCGAUGGGCAAGAGGACAAAGUCAGCAGUGAUGACAUCCAGAAGAGGAACAAUGCGAACCGAUGCCACCAGGCCACAGAACGCAUGGAACUGGAUGAAUGCAGCUGCAAUCGUGGCAGCUCCUCCAGCUUCUCCUUCGAUGGUGGUGACCAGGAGUGGAAUCAAAAUACAGGUGAAUCACUGAGGAAUCAUGAUGCCUUGCAUAGCCGGACGUGCAGCUGUUCCAGCUCAGAGCUCCAGCACUGUCGCUGCUACAGUUCAUCAAGUCAGUCUGAAGUGAUUGACCAGCAGAUGGGCUACAUCAGUGACUCUUCCUGCAACAGCUCUGAUGGGGUUCUGGUGAACUUCAGUGCUCUCUACAAUAAGAUGAAUGGCCAUUCUCGAUCUAACCUGAAUUCAGCCAACCUGUCCUGUGACUCUUCCUUCUGCAGCCACUCAGACACAGGAGCUUUUUACUUGGAUUUGCAUUCAUCACCCACAGAAUCCAAGAUGUCUUGUGAGUCACAUCACCCGGAGAGUUUAGGGAAGACAUGUGAGUGUCACCGUUCUUCCUCACCUGUUCUUGAUGCUAACUGCAACUCCUAUCACCUCCACUGUGAGCCUUGCACUUCAGAGAGCUCAGACCUCACUGCCUGCUUCCAGAGCCAAGCACGGCUUGUUGUGGCUACUCAGAAUUAUUAUAAGCUAGUCACAUGUGACUUGUCUUCCCAGUCAUCUCCCAGCCCUGCAGGAUCUUCCAUAACUAGUUGCUCAGAAGACCAGACCAAAGGUAGCCCAGCUCAGCCCACUGAAUACUAUCUUUUUAGAAGGCCUGACCUAAGAGAAGAAGAAGGCAAUGUGGAGUGCAGUGAAGAGGAGACAAAGGGAGAAACCACAGAGAACAUGAUUGAGGGUCAGGUCUAUGUGAACGUAUCACCACCUAACCUCAACACAAGCCGGCAGCGCUCCAGAAGCUAUGAUCAGAACCUGGACAGGAGUCCUGGCAACAGGCUGGGGUCUUUGGAGCGUAUGGUGAGCUGUCCAGUUAAGUUGAGUGAAAGUCCAGCAAUACCCAUUCAGAGUUCCCCACCAAAGCGAGUGACGUCUUUUGCUGAACUUGCUAAAGGCAGGAAAAAGAACACCACCUCGCCACCACUUCGGUGCAGUGGAGAUUCCUCCUUGGAGUUCUCCCCCAUCCCUGAGACACAGCGGGACUGCCCAACCUUCCUUGAAGAAAGAGCUCACCGCAGCCAGAGUCUUCCACCUAUGCCCUUCAUCCACGGCCUGAACCGAAGCUGCGAGGGCUUCUGUUUGAAUCACCCUUUUGGGGACAGACAGGCUUUGUGUUCCACCAAAGACUCAGGACCCAAUGAGACCGUCCCCAGUGGGCAUGGGGCAGGUGAGCAAGCAUCUCUCACCCUGCUGACGGAGGCAGAUGCCAACUUCUCAGGUAGUUCUACCAGUGGCCAUGGACAAAGAGAUGUUAGAGCUCGAGCAGACGGUGGAGGCACAGACAGCAAGCCUGUGGUACGCUACAGCAAGGACCAGCGUCCCACAACACUGCCCAUCCAGCCUUUCGUUUUCCAGCACCAUUUCAGCAAACCACCCAAGGCCCGUGCUCUGCACAGCCAUUUUGCCUCCAGUCUUUCCCAACUUUACAACUUAUCCAGCAACCGACCUGCAAGCCAGCAGAUCUCCUCCAGUUCCCAGAACUCUGCCGCCCUGGGAGAGCAGUCGGCAGUGGCUGGGGGUCAAGCCCAUGGCAUGCUUCUGACCCAGCGUUCAGCAGAUGGAGCUGCCUCUCUUAAUGAUGGCUGCAUCAAGAAGACGGCCCCUGAGACAACCCGGCCAUCCCCGCUGGGCAGUUACUCUCCUGUGCGAUGCAACGUGCCUUUCUUUCAGAGCAUGGACUCCUCUUCCUCGCCCACCACUGAGCGAGCUGGAGAAAGCCAGCCUCCCAGGAGCAGGUCCUGCCCCAUCUCUGCCAGCCUGCUUCCCACCAGGUCUUCCCCUGCUGUCAGUGCCAUGCAGCCCACUCAAGUCACCAAAGUUGAUGCCCUGAGGCAAAAUGAGAAGCCCAGGCCUGUUCCCAAGAAAGAGGCAGCUCUGGAGCCAAGCCCACCGUUCUCUGAGUACCGACUCCACAGCAGGUCCCUCCUGCCCCUUUCUCUGAGUAGCGUGCCGAUGAGCCGAGUGGGAGCCCAGGCAGAUCCCCACUGGAGGCGUGGCAGUGAGACCAGCAAUUCUGGUCCACUGAGCAGCAUGGGAGGACGGCCCCUCAAUGCGAACCACCUCUCCCCUCAAGCACUGAAGUGGCGAGAGUACAGGCGGAGGAAUCCCCUGGGCCUGGACCGUGUUUCAGGGCUGCCCAGCUUAGCCAGCAGCCUAGACAGGAAGCAGCAAGAGCCCCGGCUGAACCGAGGGAAUCCCAUCUUUGAGUUCCCUGGCACUCUCAACACCAGCCAUUUCCACUGCAAGCUGAAUGGACAGUCUAUGAAGCAACUCCAACUUACCUACACUGACUUCUUCCCUGACUACUUCUCACUAGCUGAGAAACCCCCUGCUGAGUUCUGUCUCUCCCCAGAUGGCAACACAGAGUCCAUCUCUAUCGACUUGCUGCAGAAGAAGGGUCUGGUGAAGGCAAUCAACACUGCUGUUGACCUGAUUGUGGCUCACUUUGGAACCAGCAGGGAUCCAGGGGUGAAGGCUAAACUUGGGAACAGCUCUGUGAGCCCCAACGUGGGGCAUCUCAUACUGAAAUACCUGUGUCCAGCUGUCCGGGACAUCCUGAGUGAUGGGCUCAAGGCCUACGUCCUGGACAUGAUCAUUGGCCAGAGGAGGAACAUACCCUGGAGCGUGGUGGAAGCAUCCACCCAACUAGGCCCCUCUACCAAGUUGCUGCACAGCCUCUAUAGCAAGAUCAGCCAGUACACGGAGCUCACCAACCACACCAUGCGGUUCAAUGCGUUCAUCUUUGGCCUCCUCAAUAUCCGGUCAUUGGAGUUCUGGUUCAACCACCUCUAUAACCAUGAAGAUAUCAUCCUGGCGCACUAUCAACCGGUUGGCUUCUUAUGCCUGUCUCAUAAUGUGUGCCAGCCUCUUUUUGAGGAGCUCCUGCUCCUACUGCAGCCUCUCUCACUGCUGCCCUUCAACCUGGACCUCCUUUUUGAGCACCACCUGAUGCAGAUGGGCAAAGAGCAGCAGCAGCAAAAGGAGCUGCUGCGCGUGAAGCAGGACCUGCUGCUUUCUGCACACUCCACCCUGCAGCUGAUGAGGACGCGGGGCAGCAGUGAGGAUCCCGAUGGCUGCAGCACUGCCCCUGAAGCAUGCAAAGUGGGUGGCAGAGAUGGUGGCACAUCACCAGGCCACAGCCCUGAGCGAGCUGCAAGUGAGAGGGUCAAGGGAGUGGGGGCCUCCUGUGGAGAUGGGGACAGAGAGGAAGAAAGAAGGAAGGUGCGAGAGAGCAUGUGGGAGGGGAAGAAAGACAAGCAGGCGGGCUGGUGGUACCAGCUUAUGCAGAGCUCUCAGAUUUACAUUGAAGGCUCAACUGAAGGCUCGAAGUUCAUCCGUUAUGAAAAGAAGAAGGCUUUGAGUGGCGUGCCCAGUUCUUCUGAGUCCCACGAGACACCACCCCCGCGUGAAGGGGUAGUGGAGGGAGCAGAAGCGUGCCACAUUGCUGAGGGCAGCUUGGAGGAGAAGCCCAAGGCUGCCAGCAGGCCAAGCGCUGAAACUGUGAAAGAGCCACUGGAGAAGCCCCAGCAUGUGCCAGGUGGUGAAGAGGUUAAGGAACGGAGCUGGCCCUUCUGGAUGGGCAGCCCCCCAGACUCAGUGGUUACAGAGCUGAAGCGCAGCAAGGAGAAAGAGAUGGGGACUCAGCUAAAAGUGGGAGCAGCAUCAGCCCCCCAAGAAGAGAGCAAUGCCAGUGCGUCAGAGGGCAGCCAGCCCAUCAAGUGGGGACACUUGUUUGGGUCCAGGAAGGCGCAGAAAGAGCCCAGGCAACCUAACAGGUUGCCCUCUGGCUGGCUGAGCCUGGACAAGUCUGUGUUCCAGCUGGUGGCCCAGGUCGGAGCAAGCAUGUGGCGAGAAACAGCCCCUGAGCCAGAACCCACCCAGCCAGAGCCUCCUGAAGUGUCAUCUGCACCACAGCCAGCCCGGGGACUGUGUGCCAAUCCUCCCUGUGAGGUGAAAGCUCUUUGCCAUCACAUUGCCACUGAGGAAGGACAGCUGAGCUUCAACAAAGGGGAUAUCCUGCAGGUCAUCUCCAAGGUGGAUGGUGACUGGCUGCAGUGCAGUCUCGGCUCCGAGAAGGGACUCGUGCCCAUCAUGUACGUGACCCACCCGGAGGACGAGGACUAUUGACGUGGCUGAGAGGCCAAGCACAGUACCAUGGGCUGCUGAGGCUCCUCUGGGGAUGCCCAGAGAAGCAAACACAGCUUCUUGCUAGUUUCUUACCUUUCUUGCCAUUACAGAAUACAGUAACCGUAGGUGGUUCCUUCUUGCUCCUCCUUGUGCAGCUGCCAAAGGCCAAACUGGCCCAUGGAGCCUUCUGCAAGCUGUACCUCGUAUUGCCAGGCAUUGCCAUGCAUGCAGCCACACCAGGGACCGUUAGAGUCCCCUCCACCCCACGCCAUCUCCAGCACCCAUAGGUGGUGGGUUUGUAUGUAGCAGGAAUCAAAACAAUCCCUGCCAGAGCAGCACUGGCUCAGUUUCACACUGCAGGGUGCAGGAGAAUGGCCCCUCCCAGGGGUGGCCGUGCAGCCUCCAGUACCCCAGUGUUACUGGGGUGGGAGCACCGUGCACUGCCAAUGCUGCCCGGCCUCAGCCUUGGGAGGGAAGGGGUGUGCGUGUGUGUGUGCAGAGCAAGGGUGCGUGGGGUUGUGAGGAAGGCACGUGGAUGUUCGGUGUGAUGUAGGUCCAGGUGAGGUAGUGCCACCCUGUGCAGAGAUAGGUGAUGUGGGGAUGUGCCCUCCAUGCUGAGCAGGUCACCUCAGAUGCCCUGAGGUGCUCAGUGGAGGGAAGGUGGGAGGGGAGGGAAGGGGGGUGAGGGCAGGGUCCCUGACAGGGCUAGGGAUGGGAUGCUUUUGGGGUUUGGGGGCCACACUCCCAGCAGGAACAGUGGGGGAGAUGGGGAUAGGAAAUGCUCCCCGUGGUGUGAGUUUGGGGGAUAAGUAUUGCGCGUGAACACAAGGGGCUGCUGGGAGUCCAGGACUCCUCAGCAGAGGCAAUGUCAGUCAGUCCCUGCCUUUCCAUGCUCUUGGGGUGGUGUGGGGAUCCUCACCUGCCACUGGGUGGGUGACAGUGUUAGCGAAAGUCCGUGCCAGUAUUUGGUGCCUUGGCCAGGCGGAUGCUGCUCAUGGUGUCUUGCCUGGGCUGGCUUCCCCAUGGCGAGGGGCCCUGGUCUUGCAAGGUUACCUCCUGCUUGUACAUCGCUUAGCGGACGUUGCACCAUAUUUAAUUUGUAUUUCCCUGUUAGAACGAGGUGUCUCACCUUUAUUUAUUUCUUUAUUUAUGAUGCAUAUUAAUUAAAAGGUGCUGAUUGAGCUC